ACAGCCCACUGUGUUGUCCUCUAGAGGUAACGUGGACUCUGUGUUUCCAUCUUGUGUUUGGGAGUGAAUUUUAAACGGCAAAUAUUUGAUUUUGUGCGUUUGAGCAGAUAUUGGCUCUCUGCAUCUCCUCGUCGUCAUCAGACUAACCAGAGGAGAGGAAGAUGGGGUGCUGCUCUGGACGAUGCUUACUGAUCCUCCUGUGUUGUGUGCAGUUGAUCACCGCGGUGGAGAGACAGGUGUUGGACUUCCUGGGCUACCAGUGGGUUCCCAUCAUGAUCAACUUCUUCUACAUCAUCAUGGUCAUCCUGGGCCUAUUUGGUGCCAUCCAGUACAGAACACGUUACAUUCUCGUGUACCAGCUUUGGUCGGUGUUGUGGAUCGGCUGGAACGUCUUUGUGAGCUGUCUCUACCUGGAUUUGGGAGGACUUUCAAAGGACAGCCACAUUCUCUCCCUGGGAGUGUCAUCACAUCACUCCUGGUGGAAGGACAACGGGCCAGGAUGUCAGGGUGAGAGCUUUCUCUCUGAUGGGUGGCAGAACCCCCAGAAUCCAGAGCUGACCACAGUACCCAGCUGCUGGUUGGAAUACCAGUACAUAGAAGUCCUGCACUGCACUGUCCAGCUUCUCAUCUCACUCUUGGGAUUGGUUUAUUCCUGCUAUGUUGUUGGCAUGUUUUCGGAGGUGGAGGAUAGCUAUUAUAAAUGACCACAAGGCAAAGUGUUGGGAAGGAGCGGAGAAGAAACCAGCAGAGCAGGACCUCAUCGUCACCACGUUGGUUCUGAACCAUUGUUGCUUUCGCUGACCCAAGUGUCACACUGAACACUGAGUUACAGGUCUCAGACUAAAUCAGGUGUUGAUCCACAUGAGUUUACUCAGAACCUCUGAAGUCGGCGGAGAUCAGCACCAAUUCUUUGUUUCAUAGCAGAGUGUAAUGGGCUUUUGCCACCACUAGAUGGAGGUAAACAUGUCCACUCAUUAUGACGCUUCCUCACAUUCAACCCUCACCAAGGAUGAUAUGUUUGCUAUUGGUGUAUAGACAUACUCACACAUAUAAGUAUUGUGCAAAAUUGUGUGUGUGUGUGUGUGUGUGUGUGUGUGUGUGUGUGUGUGUGUGUGUGUGUGUGUGUGUGUGUGUGUGUGUGUGUGUGUGUGUGUGUGUGUGUGUGUGUGUGUGUGUGUGUGUGUGUGUGACUGCACAGGUGCAGUUUCUGUGCUACUAUGUGUGGAUCACUAGAGCAGCAGCAGACCUGCUGAUCUUUACAAAAAAUAAAGUUUAAUUAUCAAACACUUAUAUUACCUGCAAAAUGAGCUGUAUUUCAGGUUGCACUGGAUGUGAAUGCUUGUGUAAUUUUGUUUAAGAAAAAAAAACUGUGUUUAGAAGAAUUCCGAUAAAAGUGUUUCUUCUUAAAUGAGUAUUUUCCUUUACUAAUCCAGAUUCAUCUUCUCCUUCAAAUCCUCCUCCUUCUCCAUCAUAUAAUUAUAGUUCCUAAAAUGUUUACCAAAAUUAUUUAAAUUUUGUAAAGCUUCACUAAGACAAGGAGGCUCAAAUACUCCAUUCUAAAUGGCUAAAAUGAAAACAAAAUGUUACAAAAUACAGCCACUGGACGGCAGCAACUUCACAUCUUCCCUUUAUUCCUUACUAUAGUUGGAAAUAUAGUCCUGUUCUGUUUAUUGCCAGCAUAGAACUCAAAAUUGUCAUUAAAGUAAUUGUGUUUAGAAGAAAUUAGAUAGUCUUUCUACUAAGGAAGUCUUUUAUCUUUGUGUGACAGUGUGAGCAUCAUGUCACAAUGUCCUGAUUAAUCCAGGUUCAUCUCCUUCAAAUCCUCCUCAUUCUCCUUCAUAAUAUUAUAAUUCCCAAAAUGUUUAUUAAAAAGAUUAAGAUUUUUUAAGCUUCAUUAAGACAAGGAGGCUAAAAUGUUCUAUUCUAAAUGGCUAAAAUGACAUGGAUGCAGGCUACGCAGUGGUUAGAGCGGUUGCCUUGCAUCAAGGACGUCCUGGGUUCGCUUCCUGGCCUGGGAUCUUUCUGCAUGGAGUUUGCAUUUUCUCCCUGUGCAUGCGUGGGUUCUCUCCGGGUACUCCGGCUUCCUCCCACAGUCCAAAAACAUGACUGUCUAUCUAUCUAUCUAUCUAUCUAUCUAUCUAUCUAUCUAUCUAUCUAUCUAUCUAUCUAUCUAUCUAUCUAUCUAUCUA